GAACUCUCAUCCGCCAUGUACAGCCUCAUCAAGACUGAGAAUGGUAUUGUCGAUGCCUACGAAAAGGCAGCGCACCAGUUGACUUCGGUUGCGCACCAGUUGUCCGCCUGGGGAGAAGCCACAGAGGAUGAGCACAUCUCCGACAUCUCCGACAAGCUCGGUGUCCUCAUGUCGGAGCUCGCUGACGUCGAGGAGAACUUUGCCGCAGAGUUGGAAGACUCUCGCGUCACCCUCAAGCAGAUCCGCAACACAGAGUCUUCUGUGCAGCCAUCGCGCGACCAGAAGCAAAAGCUGAUUGAUCAGAUCCACACCCUCAAGCACAAGGACCCUCAAUCCCCUAAGCUGGUCGAUGCCGAACAGGCACUCGUCCGUGCAGAGGCUGAGAACUUGGUGGCUGAAGCUCAGUUGACCAACAUCCAGCGUCAUGCACUCAAGGAGACCUAUCUCCUCCACUUCCAGGCCAUUAUUGAGCGUGCUGAAAAGUCUCUCAUUCUCGCUGACCACGGUCGUCGUGUGCUUGAGCUUCUGGAUGACACUCCCGUUGUCCCGGGAGACUCGAUUGCUGAGUACACGCACGAGCGUGAAGCCAAGCAGAUCUUGUUGGACUGCGAGUCGGAGUUGCAAGCUUAC